AUGGGUAUCGCUGUGGGUCCAACAACAACAACAACAACUACAACAACUACAACAACAACAACAACAACUACAACUACAACUACAACUACAACAACAACAACAACAACAACAACAACAACAACUACAACUACAACUACAACUACAACAACAACAACAACAACAACUACAACUACAACUACAACUACAACAACAACAACAACAACAACAACUACUACAACUACAACAACAACAACAACUACAACAACAACAACAACAACUACAACUACAACAACAACAACAACUACAACUACAACAACAACAACAACUACAACUACAACAACAACUACAACGACUACAACAACAACAACAACAACAACUACUACUACUACUACAGGUCUGCAUAUCUUUUCAAACUCUUUCGAAUUGAGCAUGUGA